CUAGUUGCUCUGCCCUUCUUUCUCUUCUCAUAAGUGUACAAAAAUAGGGGCCUUUCAACACACGCAGGGACACGAUUUCCUUAAAGGCUUUACCAGGAAGUUGCUACGCUGGCAUGCUAGGUGGAGCCCACUGCCAUGUUUGUGAGAAAUCCACAUUGUCCAUCCAUUUUUCCAGUUCAUUUUAGGACGUGCCACAGAACUAAGACAGAUUCAAAACUCAAUUAGCCAUGCGAGAGUAAAAUUUGGGAAAAGAAAUUCACGCCACUAAAACCUUCUUGAGCUCCACCUUAAUAUUUAUAUGCCAUCCAAACCGUUUAUAAGGUCAUUACCACUGGGAUUAAGUGAAAACACCAAAAAAUUUAGCCUGAUACAGAACUUUUGUGGCCACAUGAAUAUUUCAACGGUGGUAACUCAAUCCCACUGUUUCCUCUCAUGUGGCCCACUUGAGUUUGGUAUCUUACUCUUUUUUUUAGGGAUGUCCUAAAAUGAGCUCGCAAAACGGAUGGAUGGGUUGGAUUUCUCACAAACACCACAGUGGGCCUCAUCUUGCAUCCUAGUGCGGGAACUUCCUGUGCUAAAGGCUUUUGCAGGGAAUCUGCGUCCGUUGGGCAGAUGUCCUGUCUCAAGAGUCGAGAAUGAGCAUAUCCAAUCACCAGUGACCCACAUGUGUGCAUGGAAUUUGGUCUGUUGAUCCAAUCCCACUGGAAUAUAGCUAAUUAGCAGGUCGUUUCCACAUGUGAUGCAAGUGUGCUCUAUUUUUAACCGUCCAUUUGAGAGAGAAGGUGAAAUAAGCUUUCGGCUAAGAGCCAGAAAAACAGUUCACGAUUUUUAGCACGAAAGAAUACGAUCGCGAAUACAUCUAAAAUCCCGAAUUAUAUUUUCAUUUGAAGAAAGUGUCUUCACCUUCUUUCCUUUCUCAGUUUUGCUGCCUUGGGUUCUUCCAGCCUCUGAAAGCUUCCACUACCAGCUGUUCGAUAGAAUUUCUCAGAGAAAUCUCAGUACCUCUCUUACCUCUAUGAUAUAGAUGCCUUAAUUUCGCAAAAGCUGAUGGCGCUCGUGCCCGUUCCUCUGCCGCAGUUCUCAGCCUCCAGUAUCUUCCAAACCCGUUUAAACUCAUUUAGCCGCCCUUCUCUCUCUGCUAAAAAUACCUUUCCAAAGCAUUUGGUGAUCACAUCGAGAGCGAAUACUCGGAAGGAGAGUGCAAAAGUCAGAAACCGGAGAUUGCAGAGGAAGUUCAAUGGCACAUCUGCGAAACCAAGGCUCUCCGUUUUCUGUUCAACCAAGCAGUUGUAUGCUAUGUUAGUAGAUGAUCAGAACAAGAAGUGUUUAUUUUAUGGAAGUACUCUGCAGAAAUCUAUUCGUGACAAUCCUGCUUGUAGCACUGUCGAAGCUGCUCAAAGGGUUGGCGAAGAGCUUGUCAAAGCAUGUAUAGAUCUAAAGAUAAAUGAGAUCUCAUCUUAUGACUGGAAUGGAUUUUCUCGAGGGGAAAGGAUGGAAGCUUUUGAGAUUGCAAUUUCCCAACAUGGUUUCUUACCACGAUAACAUGGUCUCAAAAUAUUUCUAUACUUUGGUGGCUUGUGCGACUGCUGAUUGGUACCUUCUAGCUGAUGCAUGGUGUAGAAAUUGAGUGUUGCAUCUUAGCUGCACUUUUGCUGCUGUCACCGCAAGAUUUAUCAAAGAAAUCAAGUACAUAUUUUCACGAACUUCGUCUCGUGAGUGGUUUUCUAUUUUUUUAAAGUUGUUUUGGGAAAUGUUAUUUCACCAGUAAAAUUGAUAUUUCCACCUA